CGAGAGUUUGUUCAUCUCGCGAGAUCUCUCUCGCCUUGUCUUUUCCUCCUGCCCGAGCCCGGCUUUUCUCCCCUCCCCCCCUCGCCGGCGGAGUUUUUCCUUUUCCGACCGAGUCUCGUCCUAGUGGAAAUCUUCCCUGCUGCAGCUGCCCCUGCCGCCGCUCGGCUCGCUUCCCCGACCCCUGCCCGCCGUCCCGUCCCCAGCCCCACACAAGAUGUCAGAGGAUCUAGCAAAACAGUUGGCUAGCUACAAAGCGCAACUUCAGCAAGUAGAAGCUGCACUGUCCGGAAAUGGGGAAAAUGAAGAUCUCCUGAAACUGAAGAAGGAUUUGCAAGAAGUAAUAGAACUGACCAAAGACCUUCUGUCAACUCAGCCUUCGGAAACUCUUACAAGUUCAGACAGUUUUGCUUCCACUCAGCCUACUCACUCAUGGAAAGUAGGGGACAAGUGCAUGGCCGUCUGGAGUGAGGAUGGACAGUGUUAUGAAGCGGAGAUUGAAGAGAUAGAUGAAGAAAAUGGCACGGCUGCAAUCACCUUUGCUGUUUAUGGCAAUGCUGAAGUGACUCCAUUGUUGAACCUCAAGCCUGUGGAAGAAGGAAGGAAGGCAAAAGAGGACAGUGGCAACAAACCCAUGUCAAAAAAAGAAAUGAUUGCCCAGCAACGUGAAUAUAAAAAGAAGAAAGCUUUGAAGAAAGCCCAGAGGAUAAGAGAGCUUGAACAGGAGCGGGAGGACCAGAAGGUGAAGUGGCAACAGUUCAACAACAGAGCUUACUCAAAAAACAAGAAGGGCCAGGUAAAGAGGAGUAUUUUUGCUUCGCCAGAAAGUGUAACGGGCAAAGUUGGAGUAGGAACUUGUGGAAUUGCUGACAAGCCCAUGACACAGUAUCAAGAUACAUCCAAAUACAAUGUCAGGCAUUUGAUGCCUCAAUAAUCAGAAAAACUGUUGGAUUUCAUCUCUGCAGGGCUUUACAUUUACCUUUUUAUCCUUAUAUUUUUCUAAAGGUAAAUUAUUUGUUAGAGGAGUAAGGAAGAUACAUUGUUGUCAUUGUUUGGCUUUGGUAGAAUGAAACUUGAAGACAUUUGAUAACUGCUAUCAUUUAACCUUUCAUUACUACUUACCACAGCUUCCUCAGUAUGUUGAACAAGGCAACUUUUCUAGGUAAAUGCUGCUUAAGUCAGCACUUAGAUGACUUACGAACUCCAAACCCCAUUUAAGUGUUGUGUAGACAGUUUAUAAGUCCUGACUUGGAAUUUUCAGAUGCUUUGCACUUGACAUAUUCCAACAGUUCUUUGGAACAUCGAGGCAAAACGCCAGCCUGCUAACAAGAGCUUCUUCAGUUUUACAACCUGGCCAUUGUCCAGACAAGCCUGAGUAUAGGUUAAUUUAUAAAUGGCAAAGUUUAUUUUGAGGUUUUUUCCCUUGAAUUACUUGUUUCCUGGGCCUCUUAGGUCACCUCUACAAUUGACUCACCUUGUAUUUUUUGUCAUUGAGUUUGAAUUUUAUAUUAAAAAAACCAAACAAACCAUGUUUAGGAUGUGCUCCCCUUCUCUGGUGUUUAUUUGGUGUUUUGUAUUGUUUUUUUCCUUUGUUGACUUUUCACUUGUGGUAGUGGUACCAUUUUGGGAUGUGUACUGUUUCUAUGGGAAAACAAAAGCUGAUGUACAGCCCUGUGUACAGUGUAGAUACUAUUUUUGUAAAAAUCCAAGGCUAAGUUAAUGAACAAGAGUACUCAAUGUUUCAUGAUUAAAAUUUCCUGUAUUUCUUGUGCAUUAAUCUGACCAUAAUUUCCCUGUAUAUUAUGUUCAUGUAGCUGAGUUUGUACUUUUUAUUAACGAGAUCAAGUUGCCAGCAUUUGUUGGCAUAAGUGUGAAGCACCACAGUUAUCCCAAGUUGAGUUUAAGCCAAAACAAAGGUAGAAAAAAGGUCUUCCUGUUAAUUGGAAGAAGAUAAUUUUUAGAGUGUGUUAAUUUCAGUUUUGUAUGUUUAACUUUAAUAAAUAAAGUGUUUUUAAAAUCGUCA